GAAUCUUUGCACAUUUCAGUUUGCUGUAUGGCCUGGCAUUACCAUUCUCUGCCAAGAUGAGAUAUUACCAGUGGAAACGAGGUGGCACGUGCAUGUCUACUUGGAUUUCACAUGGUGGGCCAUGGUCUAUCACUACACCGUAGUCGCUUGGUCUCGAUUGGCUGCCGUACAAUGGCCUAAUUGGUUCCGAGUGCUUCCGCCUUCAACAUGCGUGGCCAUCUGCAUCCUUCCGUGGAUGGUUGGACUAGCGCAGUCGAUUGUUGAACAUCAGUUUACCUGGUUUGUACCGCUCUACUUCAACCCUGAGCGGUACGGUAUGGACGCGGACUGGGUACAGUACGAGGCUUCUGGCACUCAUAACUAUUAUAUGGUUUGGAACGUAGUAUUGAUGGCUCUUCCCUUCCCAUUAUACGCGGCAGCUUUGAUGACUUUGUUUCGAAGGCAAGCAGAAAAGACAAUUAAACUCCGCCAAAGAAGCCCUCGAGGUAUAGCACCAGCAUUAUUGUCUGUUCAAAGGCAGAUGAGCAUCGAGACACGGUUGUUGAUACCCUGCAUUAUCAACACUGUUUUAUUCGUGGUAGGACAGGUGCGUGGCGGAUUUUUCUGA